AUGGCGACGCCCACGCCCUCCACCAGCACGCCCCAAAAGCACCUGGCUGCCUUCUCCUCCCCCGCCCCGCGCAGCGUGCCCGGCAUGAUCAAUUUCGACUCGCCCGCCGCCCUCGGCCUGUCCCUCGAAGGCGGCGUGGGCAUGGGGAUCAGCAUGAGCGGUCUGAGCGGGCUGGGCCUGACGGGGAGCUCCAUGGGCGGGCGCGCAGACGACGACGAGCGCCGGCGAAGACUGGAAGCCAUAAUAGCGACGCUGCGCGCGAGACCGGGGCGAGUGAGUCAGGAAGGGGUGGAGCGGCUGAGCAAGAGGUGUGGACUGGACUUUUCGUCGGAGACGCAGAAGAACGGGCAGGUUAUCAAGGCGAUUGCGGGGAAGUCUUUCAUUCUGGAUGUCACUUUUGACGCUGAUACCGUCGAGCGGGUUAAGUUUGAGUCUGUAUACGAGAACGCGGCGCCCUUCUCGAAAACGGCGGGGAAGACACUGAGGAAGAAUCUCUCUCCUACCCCCGAAAUUUCUCGUAUCAACCUCACACUGGACCGUUUCGCGCAUAAUUUGGAACGGCUGGCACGGAUGGAUAGGCUGAGCUCGCAGGAUGUCAGUUGCUUUGAGGCAGUGUCGGGGGUGUACAAAAGCUUGAAGAAGCUGUUCGAUUACGAGAAGCAAGCCGCCAAAACGCUCAUAAACUCGAGGUCCGGAAACAUUGACGAGAAAGCGGAACGCGAAGUUCUGAGCAAGAAGAGUGGGAGGCCACGAAUGAACGCAGGAGAAUGUGUUGGCCUAUCUCUCGAAUACUGGAUGGAUCGGAGACAUGUCCUCCCGCGGCUUUUGAAGACAAAGCAGAAAGCUGCCUUAGACAAAAAUCACAUGGAUGUUGACAGUGAUGGUUCCGACACGCCUUCUGAACCUGAGUCCGAAUUGAACAAGAUAUACUCGUUGUCGAUAGAAUGCGAACCUUCACCAGCAACUAUAUACCAGCCCAUUCGCGUUUCCGAUGCCUGGAUAUCUGAGCAAGUAGAAAAACCGGCUGGAGAUCCUGAAAACAUGUUCCAAGGGCCGAGCAUCGAUUGGCUUGAACCUCCGUCUACAUACAUAAAUCCACCAGGCGCCGAGGACCACCAUACCAUGAAUAUCGGGGCAGACGGCGCAUCUAACAUUGGGAGUCUCCCAAAUGUCCGCUUCGUCGCGAAACUCAACCCUCCGCUAGUCGUCCCGCUCUCCGUAGCCGUAGCAAUUGUCCAGUCCUUAGGCAACGAGAUACCCCAAGAGGCGAUCAAAGCCACCACCUUCGUCGGCCUUGCCCUUCGACCAGGAGAAAUCGACCCCGCGGCCGUAGGCCUAGCAGGCGAAACAACACAAGAGAUCCGAAGCGAGAAGAACGUGCUGGUAGUCCGCAAAGACGGGCACGAGGAAGAGCAUCAUCACGCAAACUCGCUCUACGUCCCAAAAACCGAAUACGCCCGCGCCCUCGACGAGCUACCCUUCCAGCACCCGCGGCAGCUAGUCGAGAUACUCCCCACACUCCGCCAAUACGCCUUCCUAACCUCCCUCCUCCAAUCCUCGUUCCCACCACCCCCUCCUCCCACGAUCCCUUCAGCACCUCCCAACUCCUCCAACCCCCCUCCCCUUCCCCCCUCGCCCACCCUCCAAAUCGACCUCACCCUCCACUACGCCCAACCAACCCCCCGCCUCACAAUCCACCUCCCCCACCCCUCCUCCCCCGACACCUCCGUCUCCACCGACCCCCUCGCAGCAAUCCUCUCCCCUGCGCCCCUAAGCGCCCCCCUCACCGUCGCCAUCGACGUGCUCGCGAACGCGGAGCUGCUCGUCGCGGAGCAGAACAUCGUAGCAGCGGAGGACGGCGCCGAGGCCGACGCGGCGGCGGUGCGGCGCGUGGGGCGGGCGCUGGAUCUGAGCGGGGAUGUGGGGGUGUGGGCGGAGUGGGUUUGGGGGAGGCAUGGCGGCGAUGCUGCGGGAUCGGGAGCGGGAGGAGCGGGUCGUCAGGAGCAGGGGAAACUCGCCGAUGGGAUCUGA